AUGGACAAAAGCUAUCUUCAUCAAGAGACUCUACUGCACAUUGAUGACUUUGAGCUACACGACUUUGAUGAAGAUCCUAACUUAGAUCAUUUGAUCAAUUUCAUUCAUUUGGAGAAGAAAGAUGCUACUUGUGACUUCAAUUCUGAGCUUAUCAACGAAGCAUUCAUUGAUAACUCGUUCUUGCCACACCCUGCAAUCCCAUAUGAUCAGUGCAAUAGUAAUGCUAUGAAUGUCUAUGAUUCAAAUUCUGCACCUAACUCCUCUUGUUUUGAUGGGGAAGCCAAAGGAGGAGGAGGUGAGGAAGAUGAUAUGGAGCACUCAUAUGCAACAACAAGCACAACAACAACAACACCUACUAAGUCAAAACCAAAAACUGACAGAUCCAAAACUCUGAUUUCUGAGAGGAGGAGAAGAGACAGAAUGAAGGAAAAGCUUUAUGCAUUGAGAUCUUUGGUUCCCUUCAUAACUAAGAUGGAUAAGGCCUCUAUAAUUGGAGAUGCUGUCUCAUAUAUGCACGAGCUUCAAGCACAAGCCAACAUGCUUAAGGCUGAGGUUGAAGCACUUGAAACUUCCUUACUGCUGUCUAAAAACUAUCAAGGAUCAGUUGAAAAUCCCAUGAAGGAUGAAUUUACCAAUAACAUCCUUUCAAUACGCAAGAAGAUAAUCCAGAUGGACAUGUUUCAAGUGGAUGCAAAAGGGUUUUAUGUGAAAAUAGUUUGCAACAAAGGAGAAGGGGUGGCUGCCUCAUUGUACAAAGCUCUAGAGUCUCUGACAGGCUUUCAUGUUCAGAAUUCAAACUUAUCCACAGUUGGUAACAGUUUUCAACUUACAUUUUCAUUGAAUGUGAAAAUCUCUGAGCCAGAAAUUAACCUGCACAACAUGAGGAUUUGGGUGUGUGAAGCUUUUGUGAAGCAAGGCUUUGAAUUCAUACCAUUUUUAAUGCUUGACUCUUUCAAUCUAUAAACUUUAAGCUGUAAUCAACUAAGGUUGCAGAGACAUAGAGCUAUUAUGACUAGUCAUGAAAAUCUAUAAUCUAUAAUCAAUGUGAUAAUAUAUCUAAGUGCUGGUUAGUGGUUAACUUUUUUUGAUACAUGGGUAGUGGCUAACUAUGAGCAUUGAUAUGUAACUAAUAAUUAAUUAUUUUGAGAUAAUAGCCCUAUCAAUUUUUAAGAACCAAUAUCAGUAGUAUGUGUGUGUACGCUUCUGUUUAUCAGUUCUUAAAACUGUAAUAUUAAUAAUGCUGCACCAGCACGUUGCAAACUUGAAUUAAAAUUGUUAUCCCAAA